CGACGAGCUAAGAUAGAUCAUAUACACACACUGCAGUCGUCUGUGUGUACAACAAAUAUAUAGCACGCAGGUAGUAGCUAGGCGUGCCUGCCUGUAUUAAUCAUGGGGUACGAGCUGGCCAUGAAGGCACUUGUCCUCAGCCUUGUGGUGGGCGCCGUCGCCGGAAUUCGGCCGAGCAAGCUCGUGCGGCUGGUGCCGGCGAUGUACGUGUUCGGGGACUCGACGCUGGACGUCGGCAACAACAACUACCUGCCGGGGAUGAACGUCCCCAGGGCCAACAGGCCCUACUACGGCAUCGACCUGCCGGGCUCCGGCAAGCCCACCGGAAGGUUCAGCAACGGCUACAACACCGCCGACUUCGUCGCAAAGACUUUGGGGUUCGACAAGAGUCCUCUGGCUUAUUUUGUGCUCAAAGCACACAAUAAGCUGAUUCCGAGCGCAAUCACAAGAGGAGUAAGCUAUGCAUCGGCAGGAUCUGGGAUUCUCGACUCCACAAACGCCGGAAAGAACAUACCGCUGUCGCAGCAGGUGCGGUUGUUCGAGUCGACCAAGGCCGAGAUGGAGGCCAAGGUGGGCCCCCGCGCGGUGGGUGACCUGCUCGGCAGGUCCUUCUUCCUCCUCGGCGACGGGAGCAACGACUUGUUCGCCUUCGCGACGGCGCAGGCGGAGCAGAACAAGACGGCCACGCAGAGCGACGUCGCCGCCUUCUACGGCAGCCUGCUCUCCAACUACUCCGCGGCCAUCACGGAGCUGUACAAGCUGGGCGCGAGGAAGUUUGGCAUCAUCAACGUGGGGCCGGUGGGGUGCGUGCCCCGGGUGCGCGUGCUCAACGUCACCGGCGCGUGCGCCGACGCCAUGAACCAGCUCGCCGGCGGCUUCGACGCCGCGCUCAGGUCCCUCCUCGCCGGGCUGGCCCCCAAGCUGCCGGGCAUGGCCUACUCCCUCGCCGACUCCCUCGGCCUCACCCAGGACACCUUGGCCGACCCGCUGGCGGUAGGGUUCGUGAGCUCGGACAGCGCCUGCUGCGGGAGCGGGCGGCUGGGGGCGCAGGGCGAGUGCGCCCCCGCCGCCGCGCUCUGCCCCGACCGCGACCGCUACGUCUUCUGGGACUCGGUGCACCCGUCGCAGCGCUCCGCCAUGCUGGGCGCCAAGGCCUACUACGACGGCCCAGCGCGAUACACCACGCCCAUCACCUUCAAGCAGCUGGCCGCCACCAGAUCAUAGUAUCAUCAGCUGAGCGGCUUGCAUGCCAUCAGAGAAGACGACCACCGCCACCACGAGUCCACGACGACCUGCGUUCAAAUAAAACUACUCCUAUAUAUACUAUUCAGUGAUCAUCAUGUACUCAUCAGUUCAGACUGAUUGUUUUUUCCGUGCUUCGCUCGUUUAUUGUUUUAUUCAUGCUAUAUAUAAUUAGGUAAUGACUUUAUA